AGACAGACAGACAGACGGACAGACAGGCAGGCAGGCAGGCAGGCAGGCAGCGGAGUUGGUACGAACAUCUUCGACUUCACACACCAAAAACACCUCGACUCCGCUGCUCCGCUCACAGAUGUGCCUCGGACCGCUCGCUCUCUUUGGGGGAGGAUUUACCGCUGGAUUUAGCGCCCGAUCGCCGCGAAGAAGAUGCCUAAACCCGCAGUAACCAGCGCAGGAGACAGUGUGCCUUGUUCGGAGCUGAAGGGGUCGUGUGCCACAACAUAAAACUCGGAGCGCAUCGAGGCCAACAACAGCAGCAGCAGCAGCCGCCGCCGUGUACUCUAGCACUAGUUAGCUGCUCGGCUCAAACUAGCCUGCUAACGUUACAGGUGUUCAGGCAGAAAAAAUACCAAACAUAACUUGUAGCUGUAGCUAGCUGGCGACAAGUUGCGCCCCCAUGUCGUGACUCAAGGCUGAACUUAAUGUGCCUGUUUUUCGCCUUUAAACAAACGCCAAGUAGCAAGUAUAACACUUAGCAACAUUGUUGUUAGCCAGUAGCCUUUUAGCCAGACGCUGUCCCGUGUUUACAGCAGCGAAGCUAGCCACCAAGCUAGCGAGUUAACUUUCUAGCUACAUGUGCUGGUUUCUAUUUGUAGCUUAUUUUUUCACUCUUUAGCCCGAUUUCAUCGCAGGUUCUCAGUGUUGUUUCGUGAUACUCUUCACAUUUGCAAGCCAGAGUCGGUUUGACUUUUUUUUUGCCCACCGUGCCUGCCCCGGACUGACCCACCCACAAGGACUAUCUAUCCGGGGCCGAUGCUGACAGUUCAGCCCGGAUCACGGCAACGCCAGGAGCCGCUACAGCAAUGCAGCCCCAGCAGAUAUACGACUUUUCAAGUGACGAGAACAGUCACAAAUGGAGAGGCCUCUUCGUGCAAGCCUUACGAAAGGUGCAGAAGCAGGUCCACCCAAACCUCACGGCGAAGGAGGACGCCCUGCAGCACAUCGAGGAGCUGAUCCUGCAGCUGCUCAACAUGUUGUGUGUGGCCCAGCCUCGCUCUGUACAGGAUGUAGAGGAACGUGUCCAGAAAACCUUUCCUCACCCAAUAGAUAAGUGGGCGAUUGCCGACGCACAGUCAGCAAUCGAGAAACGCAAGAGAAGGAAUCCCCUACUUCUUCCUGUGGAUAAAAUACACCCACUGCUUAAGGAGGUUUUGGGCUACAAAGUGGACUACCAUGUUUCCCUCUACAUCGUGGCAGUGCUUGAGUACAUAUCAGCAGACAUACUGAAGCUGGCAGGAAACUAUGUCGGCAACAUUCGGCACUAUGAAAUCAACCAACAGGACAUCAAGGUGUCCAUGUGCGCGGACAAGGUGUUGAUGGACAUGUUUGACCAGGAGGAGGACAUCGGUCUGAUGUCUCAGUGCACAGAGGAGCCGUCCUCGUCCGGGGAGCUGACGUACGACGACCUGGUGAGGCUUGAAAUCGCGGAGGAGCGGCAGUACCUACGAGAGCUCGACCUCAUCAUCAAAGUGUUUCGGCACCAUUUCCUCUCCAACCCCAAAAUCUUCACGCCUCAGGAUGUGGAGGUAAUAUUCAGUAACAUCCUGGACAUCCACGAGCUAACGGUGAAGCUGCUGGGUCUGAUCGAGGACGCUGUGGAGAUGACGGCCGAUGGCAGUCCUCAUCCACUGGUGGGCAGCUGCUUUGAAGACCUAGCAGAGGAGCAAGCGUUUGACCCCUACGAGACCCUGUCUCAGGAUAUUCUCAGCAAGGAUUUCCAUGAACAUUUCAACAACCUGAUGGCACGAUCAACCGUUGGCCUCUACUUCCAGUCAGUUGCAGAGGGCUUCAAAGAAGCAGUCCAGUAUGUCCUCCCCCAGCUGAUGAUGGUCCCAGUUUACCACUGUAUGCACUACUUUGAGCUACUGCAGCAACUUCAGGAGCGCAGCGAAGACCAAGAUGACAGAGAAUGUCUGAAGCAGGCGAUCACGGCACUGCUCAACCUUCAGUGUAGCGUGGAUCGCAUCUAUGGCAAGCACCAGCCUCGCCGUAAACCCGGUGAGCCCAUGUACCGCCUGUACAGCAGGCAGGUUCGUAGCAAACAACUCGCCAUCAAACGCAUGAACGAGAUCCAGAAAAGCAUUGACGGCUGGGAGGGGAAAGACAUCGGUCAAUGCUGCAGCGAGUUCAUCCUAGAGGGGCCGCUGUUGCGAGCGGGCGCCAAGCACGAGAGACACAACUUCCUGUUCGACGGCCUGAUGAUCAGCUGCAAGGCCAACCAGAGCUCUCGGCUCCCGGGGUCGGGCAGCGGCGCCGAGUACCGCCUGAAGGAGAAGUUUGUUUUGAGGAAGAUCCGCAUCGUGGAUCGCGAGGACUCGGCAGAGCUUCGGCACGCGUUUGAACUGAUAGGCAAAGAUGAGAACUGUGCCGUUUUCUGUGCACGGACAGCAGAGGAGAAGGCAGCGUGGAUGGCGGCGCUGGUGACUCUGCAGUACCGCUCCACUUUGGAUCGCAUGUUGGACACAGUGCUGCAGCACGAGGAACAGGCACAUCCUCUAAGACUGCCCUCCCCGGAGGUUUACCGCUUUGCUGUGCAGGACUCUGAGGAGAACAUAGUGUUUGAGGACAAAGUGCAGAGCAAAACAGGCAUUCCCAUCAUUAAGGCCGGCACAGUGGUCAAGCUCAUAGAGAGGCUCACGUACCAUAUGUAUGCUGAUCCUAACUUUGUCCGCACGUUUCUUACCACGUACCGAUCAUUCUGCAAACCGCAGGAGCUUCUUACCCUGCUGAUAGACAGGAUCGAGAUCCCUGAGCCAGAACCGACUGAAGAGGACAGACAGGCUCUAUGGAACGGCGAUCAGCCGAUGGCAGCCGAGCUCCAGAGGUUCCGGAAGGAAUAUGUGCAGCCGGUGCAACUCAGGGUUCUCAACGUUUUCCGCCAGUGGGUCGAACAUCAUUUCUACGACUUUGAGAACGACCCGGAGUUGAGAAGUCGACUAGAGGAAUACAUCACCAGCAAAAUUCAACUGAGAGGCAAGUCGAUGAGAAAGUGGGUGGAGUCCAUCAAUAAGAUCAUCAAGAGGAAGCUGCAGACGCAGUCGAACGGCGUCAGUCACAACAUCACCUUUGAGAGUCCGCCUCCGCCCAUCGAGUGGCACAUCUGCAGAGCAGGCCAGGUGGAGUCGUUUGACCUCAUGACCCUUCACCCCAUCGAGAUCGCUCGCCAGCUGACUCUGCUCGAGUCUGAGCUCUACAGAGCUGUUCGGCCAUCGGAGCUGGUCGGCAGCGUCUGGACCAAAGAGGACAAAGAGAAGAACUCGCCAAAUUUGCUCCGCAUGAUCCGUCACACCACCAACCUCACGCUGUGGUUCGAGAAGUGCAUCGUCGAGACGAUGAACCUGGAGGAGAGGGUGGCGGUGUUGUCGCGAGUCAUCGAGAUCCUGCAGGUUUUCCAGGAGCUCAACAACUUCAACGGCGUGCUGGAGGUCGUCAGUGCCAUCAACUCUGUCCCAGUCUACAGACUCGACCACACCUUCGAGGCAAUACCGGAGAGGAAAAAGAAAAUUCUGGAAGAAGCUGUGGAGCUGAGCCAGGACCAUUUUAAGAAAUACUUAGCUAAACUCAAGUCAAUAAACCCACCCUGUGUGCCUUUCUUUGGUAUCUAUCUAACCAACAUCCUGAAGACGGAGGAAGGCAACCCGGACUUCCUCAAACGCCACGGCAAGGAGCUGAUCAACUUCAGCAAGAGACGGAAAGUGGCCGAAAUCACGGGGGAGAUCCAGCAGUAUCAGAACCAGCCGUACUGUCUGAAGGUGGAGCACGACAUCAGGAGGUUCUUCGAGAACCUGAACCCGAUGGGCAACAGGAGCGAGAAGGAGUUUGCUGACUAUCUGUUCAAAAUGUCCAUGGAUAUUGAGCCACGGAACUGCAGGCAGCCUCCCCGAUUUCCCAGGAAGACCGCGUACACUCUGAAAUCCCCGGGGAUCCGGCCCGUGCGAACGUCUACCUCUGGCACCCUGAAGGGCCACCCCGUCCCCCUGGAGAGGGAGCCCCCUCACAAGAUCACCUUCCGGAGCAUCGCCGAGACCGAGCCGGAGACACCGGCCUCGGCCUCGGUGCCCACGUCCCCGAACACGCCGACGCCUCCGCAGUCAGCCUCCUCUGACCUCAGCUCAGUCUUCAUGGAGCACGACCUCAGCAGCUCCUACGGCGGUAGUAACUCCAUAUUUGCUCCUGUUCCUCCACCACCUUCAAAAUUCCAGUCCAUUUCUCUUGGCAGCCUCAACCAGCUCGGAGAGGAGCUACUCAAGCCGCCGCCUCUACCACCGCGGCGGAAAGAUGCGAUGUCCGAAGCCAAACUGAGCUCCAGGUCCGACAGCCCUCCAGCGAUUCCUCCCCGACUGCCUCCUCCUCUCCCCAGGAACCAGCCUCGUCCGCCGGUCUACAACGGUCCCCCCAUGGACGGGCCCCUGCCGAGCCCGCCCCCUCCUCCGCCCCGCGACCCUAUGCCCGACACGCCUCCUCCAGUGCCCCAGCGGCCGCCAGAGAUCUUCAUCAACUACCCGCCACUGCAACCCUCCCCCGUGGGACGCUACCACUGGGACUUCGGCAGCUCCCCGAGCUCGCCGAACACGCCGCCCAGCACGCCGUCGCCUCGCAUUCCCAGGCGGAGCUGUCCGCUCAGCGCCAGCCAGAACAGCCUCUGCCCUCUGCCUAUCCCCAUCACCGCUCCGCCUGUGCCGCCUCGCCACAACUCCAGCCCGCAACUCCCCAAACUCCCACCAAAGACUUACAAAAGGGAGCUGCUGCUGCAGCCGCCACCGAUGCAAGGCCUCUCGUUGGUGGAGAACACCGACAGCAGCCAGUGAGCGUCAGUGAGGCGACGCUGACGUGUAAGACUUCAAACUACGACACAGUGAAACUCGCAGCUACUGAUCAGGACGAAUAACGCAUACUGUUAACUUCACGCGCACCCCUCCGCCCUCCGCAUCGACCCGUCGCACCCCCCCGCCGUGCCUCUCAGGGGAUCAGUAGCUCCGCCUUCAUCUAGAAAACCCUCUGUGCCAAUGAGAAACCCACACCGGUGUGCCAGCUGAUAAACAACAAGGAGUCGGGUGUUUGUCUUUUAUUUGAUCGAGCGAGAACCUUUGGCUACGUCCACAGUGGCCGUGUUUUCAUUUGAAAGACGGCGUGAAAAAGCAUCCACGUCCACACUGAGCGUGGGUCCAUUCAGCUACAGGAACGACAAUGAGAGAGAAGUGGAAUAAAAUAUGGGUUUGUCACGACGCCGCCCUCCACGAAUCUGAACUCGAGUUUUUACGAACUACAGAUUCACAAGCGUCUCCUGCGUCCAGGCUCCAACUUUACCAUCUCUUUUCCUCUAAAUGGGAACAUAAUUUAUAAAAUUGGCCUCCGAUGCUGUUGAAGAAGUCCUGAAAUUGGCGAAUGAGACCAGGACAAUGUUUGCUGAAUGGAGUUCUUCUUGCAGCCAGCGGAGACGCCCCCUGGUGGCUAUUCAAUAUACUUCCCGCAUUGUUUUCAGCCAGUCGUCGAGUAGCAGAGUAGCAUGAAAACCAGUCAGAAACUGCGUCAUUGUCUCCAAACGUCUCCGUUUUUGCUCGUCCAGACUUCAGCGGCUGAGUUUUCAAGCAGAAACCGAAACCAGCAGUGUUUUUAAACAUUUUUAAAACGACAGCGGCGUCAUGUGGACGUAGCCUUCGUCCCCGCGGAAAGUUCUCGCCGCUCACACUCUUAACCUCGCCCCACAUCCUGCGCCUCCACCACCGGGGUGCGGCGGAUUUCUUUUUGUUGUUGUUGUUUUUUUGCGGGGGAGAGGGCGGCGUUGGACUUUGUAGCCUUAAGUGUCAUGCUUUGUUUCUUUGAGCAUUGACAUCACGUUGAGUCCUGCUGCGGCGCGCAGAUUUUUACGACCUCUCUCCUCCCCAACGAUCAACGUAGUAGCUCUUUUCCCCGCGGCGGUGGCCGCGCGCAGCAGACAUUUCCAUUGACAUGUGUUUCCUACGAACUGAAAACAAAAACAGUUGCCAAAGUCUUAUUUUAUGCAGGGGGAUAAGGGAUUUUCUUCUUCUUUUCUUUUAAACAAAUGUGACAUUUGUGACAGAAAACACCAACAGGAGGCGACACUGAAUCCCCCACCUUGUAUCUCAACUGUACACUGUGACUGUAAAGACACAAGUCAAACUGUCUGAUUUCUUUUUUUUUUUUUUUUCGGCCUCUCUGCAGCCACAACACGUUGCCUUUUUAAAAACCCGACAGCGGUGACCUCUGACCCCAGGCUUUAGUCCUCUCAGAUAAAAACCCUAAACGAGAGCCAAGAACACUCCAUUUGCACAUCGAAGCUUGGGCAAAGUCAGCAGGUUUUUGGCGAGGGGGGGGGGAAAAAUCCCCGUCAUCUGCCACGAUAUCAAACGACACCGAUCCAGGACGAAGAGAGAAAAUAGCGUUUUUUUUUCUUCUUCUUCUUCUUCUUCUUUCUCCAACUCUUGGAAAAGCUGAUGUCUUAAAUCGGUCUCUGCGGUCCGACACUGUGCUCUUCUCCAAAAUAAAAUAAAAAAAAGACCAACUUUUCUUCAUCGGUAUUCAAUCUCAGCACUGGAAGCACGCAACCUCCCACCAAAGCUGAGUCGGCUCCCCCCAGUGGCUGCACCAAAUACCUACAAAAGAAAACCCCGAGUAGACGAAAGAAAUGAAAUCAUAAAAAAAUAAAAACUUUCCAAAAAAAAAAAAAAAGAGGAACUUUUUAAACUCCUUCUCCCUCUUUCUUUUUCUUCUCUGCUUGAAACGUUUUUGGUUUCACUUUGGAAAAGACUGAAAAUAAUCCAUGCAUCACGCUCUCGGAUGUGCCUUUUUAUUUUUGUUUUCUACUUUACAGAAAUAAGCAAAUGGUGUCUAAAAAUGCUAAAAAAAAAAAAAAAACAUAAAGUUGCCUAUGUAAUGUUUUAGAACAAAAGCUAUACACUAUGAAAUUGUACAUGUUUGUGGAUACUGUGUAUAUAUAACAUGUAUACACUAACUAAAUAAUUUGUAUAAAAUGACUAGGUUUUUUUUCUCCUCCCGCUCCUUUUGUAUCCUCAUCCGCAUCUGUUCAGUCGAAUAUUGCCUAAUAAUCCAAUGCUGCUACAGUCGGAUAAAAGAAAAACUUUAAAAAAAAAAGAGAAAAAACAACAACAGGUCACUGUCUCUAACUUACUUACAGACAAUCUCCAGUUGAAACACUGGGAGUAUUAACUUGAGGAAAGCCAUUUGUUUUUUCUCUUCCCCGCCCGCGUCCGUCGCUGUUUUUAAAAGCAAUGAAAAAAAAAAAAGAAAAUACCGUUGAAUAUGCCGAGCACUUACUUAGACGUGUGCUUCACUUUGUACAUCCUACUAAUGCCUUUUCUCUCCUUUUUCAAAGACUUUUUAAAUGCUAACACUCAUUAAACCAAGGUCGUAGUCGUGUUAAAGUUGCACUUGAAUAUAUAAAUAUACGUAUAUAUAUAUAUUCACGUGCAGGAAUUUAAGCAUAGGGAAGAAUUGGCCGUUUCUUUUUUUUGUUUGUUUUUUUUGUUUGUUUGUUUUGUUUUUUUUCCGAGAAACACACUUUGUGCACUUUAGGCUGUACUGUUGACGAGCCGCGGUUGUUAUAGGUCGUGUUUGUAAACGCAGUGACCCUAUGCAGCCGCUCAACUCGCUUUCUACGCGGAUCAGGGCAGAACACAGUCGACCGGCUCACUUUUAAAACCCCCAAGACGUGUUUUUGUAAAAGACGCAGCUUAAAAAGAAAACUAACCACGAGCUGGAUCUCAGCAGAAUUUCAUUUAAAGUCGUCUCCUCACUUUUCCUCCUGAAUAAACUGAGACGUCCAGAUUUUAAAGAGGAAUUAUGGGGGAUUUUUUUUUUUUUUUGUUCUGUCCAUUUCCCAUGUCAGUAUUGUUGGGGGGGCGGGGUGACUUUUUGUUUUUGUGUUCUUCCUCUUUUGUCGAUCAUUUUUCAAAGACCCCGCCCCCCAGCGCUUCCCCCAUCAGCCCCAGCAGAUUAACAGAUUAGGUUUUCCCUCCGGUGGCACUGUAACAGCUUGAUCCAGCAGUCGGUUUAUUUGAUGGUAUGUGGCCUUUUAACUGCUUUGUAUUAAUGGUCUUGAUGAGAUUAAUAAAUCACCCAGUCUUAUUUUGUACUGAAA